AUGAGCGACACAACGGCGCAGAGCGAGAAGAGCAUGGAUACUAAACCUCCACAGCCUCAAGAACCUCCAUCCAGACCCGCUGGAGGACCAUCUCCACCGCCGAAUGGAGGUACCUUGGCAUGGCUGAAUGUCUUGGGCAGUUUCAUGCUCUAUUUCAACACCUGGGGUAUCCUGAACACAUUCGGUGCUUACCAGACCUACUAUGAGUCUGGCGUGCUCUUCACGGCGAGUUCUUCUGAUAUUUCUUGGGUCGGCUCGAUCGCAGCCUUUAUGUUGCUCUUUGUGGGACUCUUUGUCGGCCCGAUUUACGACCGUGGCUUCCUCCGCACACUGCUUAUCGUCGGUGGCUUCAUGGUCGUCUUCGGGCAUAUGAUGCUCAGUCUCUGCAAGACCUUCUGGCAAGUUCUGCUCGCCCAAGGCUUCGUGGUCGGUAUCGGCACCGGUUGUCUCUUUGUGCCUUGCGUCGCUAUUAUCCCCCAGUACUUCAGCACCAAGAUGGGCAUGGCCAUGGGCAUCGCUGCCUCAGGUUCCGCCCUGGGAGGUGUCAUUUAUCCCGUCGUGCUGUAUCGGCUGAUCAACGAGAUUGGCUUCCCUUGGGCUGUUCGCGUCAUUGGAUUCAUCGCGCUGGGAACUUUGUUGAUCCCCUUAGCUGUGAUGAAGCUCCGUGUCAAGCCCCCCAAGGUUCGCGCCAUCUUGGAUCCGACCGCGUUCACUGACGCCGGCUACAUGACAUUCAUCCUCACCUCUCUCGUCGCCUAUAUGGGCUUGUUCGUUAUUCUGUUCUACCUGUCCUACUACUCUGCCGCGGAGCACAUCACCGACGAAUCUCUCGCCUUUUACCUGGUCACCAUCUUCAACGCUGCAUCUGUGUUUGGCCGAACCAUCCCCAACAAGAUGGCCGACAAGAUGGGUCCCUUCAACCUUCUCGUGCCAGCCUCCUUAAUCUCCGGUAUGCUGAUGCUGCUCAUGAUGGUUGUGCAUUCCAAAGGCGCGAUCAUCGUCAUGGCAUUGCUCUCCGGGUUUAUGAGUGGUGCUCUGAUCGGCUUGCCGCCCAUGUGUCUUGCCAUGCUCACCAAGGACAAGUCGCGACUGGGAACUCGAAUCGGUAUGGGUUACGCCAUUAUUGCUCUGGGUGUCCUUAUCAGCGGCCCCAGCAGUGGCGCCAUCCUCCGGACCGGUGGUGAUUCCCUUAACUGGCACAGCUUGUGGACGUUUGGUGGUGUACCGACUUGCGUUGCUGGUCUGUUGUACGCUGUGAUUCGUGUGGCCAAGUAUGGCCCCAAGCUUGCGAUUAAGGCAUAA